UGCUGGAACUGAAGUGUGAGUUCUACAAAAAUGAAGCUUGUCUUAUUACUUUGCCUGUGUGCUGUUGGAGCUCUCGCACAGGAUGACUAUGAUGAUUAUGGAGAAGGAAAAAAAGAGGCUAAAGAAGUCGUAGACCCCAGGGGUCAUCGUCCCGUCAGCAGAGGUCGAGAGACAUACUCUCCAGGCCCUGUUUCUCAGCCGCCCAUCAGCGGGGGAACCCGAUACCGUGGCAGACCAACAGCAGCGCCGGUGGGCAAAGCUGUGCAGGAGAAAGAGGAGCAACCUGAAUCAGGCGGAUGCAACCAUAUGUCUGAGAAAAUGGGUGUGUUGUGUCCCACAGGUUGUGAGUUGAAGAAAGCCCUCAUAAAACAGGAACGUAAUGUAAAGCCAACUGUAGAGCAGCUGAAAAGAGCUGUGGACGACUUGACUCAAUCCACCAACUCCAUCCACGGCUACGUCCUCGAUAUGACCGCAGAAGUAGCUCAAAGACAAAAAGUCAGCGAGGGCAAUGGACUUGUGGUUGAUCAGUACACAGACAGCUUAGAAACCCAGCAUGCUUAUAUUAAGGACACGGUGGACGUCACCUUCCCCCAGAACAUUAAAGUCCUUCAGGGAGUGCUGGAUAAGAUCCGUGAGAAGAUCCAGCGCUUGGAGAAAGCCAUCACUACUCAGAGAGCCAAGUGCCAAGCGCCCUGUAAAGUCACCUGCCCCAUUCCUGUUGUGUCCGGCAAGGAGUGCGAAGACAUCAUCCGCAAAGGAGGAGAGGACUCGCAGAUGUACAUCAUACGGCCUGAUCCGCUUGGAACGCCUUACAAGGUCUUCUGCGAUCAGACCAGUAAAAAUGGAGGUUGGGUGCUCAUCCAGAACCGUAUGGACGGCAGUGUUGAUUUUGGCAGGCGUUGGGACGACUACCGAAGAGGCUUUGGAAACAUUGCAUUUGAUGUGGGCAAAGGCCACUGCCAGACUCCAGGCGAGUACUGGCUGGGCAAUGACCGUAUUAGUCAACUUUCAAAGAUGGGUGCCACUGAGCUUCUGGUGGAGAUGGAGGACUGGUCCGGCUCAAAAGUCUAUGCUCAGUAUGAGCAGUUCAGCAUGCAGGGCGAAGCCUCCAACUACAUCCUAGGAGUCGGACGGUACUCAGGAACGGCUGGAAAUACAUUCCUGGAAGGCGCAACAGAGCUGUUUGGAGAGAAUCGUACCAUGACCAUCCACAACGGCAUGAUGUUCAGCACAUACGACAGGGAUAAUGACAAAUGGAUUCCUGGAGAUCCUUCUAAACAGUGCUCUAAAGAAGAUGGCGGUGGAUGGUGGUACAACAGAUGCCACUCUUGUAAUCCUAACGGGCGAUACUAUUGGGGAGGAGCUUAUACUAAAUACAUGGCCAAGCACGGGACAGAUGACGGCAUCGUGUGGAUGAACUGGAAGGGCUCGUGGUAUUCGCUCAAAACGAUCAGCAUGAAGAUUAGGCCGUACUUCAAACAGAAAUAAAACUUCAUGUGAAAUGAAAUGCGUGUCGUUUCCUGCAGCAUCUCAUUUCAUAUAGGCUAUUUUUUUUAAAUAAAGCGGAGGAUAGUAAAGCCUGCAUAAAAGAGUGUGAAUACAUUGGAAAAGUGCAUUGGAUACAUUGUGUUAUUGGACAUGUUAAAGUACUGUAUGUAAAGGCAAAAUGAUGGAAAUGAGAUGGAAACAGUUCUCCUGGUUCUCAUUAAAGCUGACCAACAAACAA